GCCGUCCUUCCACGUUGAUUUCAACGACAAAAUUAAAACCUCUAACCAACACAUUGCAGAACUCUAAUCGCCAUUACUCCCAACACACACUCACACUCAGUCUGUCGCUUGUAUAAAUUUCAACCAUCAAAAUCAAGUACACAUCCACAGCUCUCUCUCUCUCUGGCUGUCGCUUCCUUUUGAAGUAUAAGUAUAUAUAGUUCCAGAAAAGGAAGUGGGAAAGAGGAUAAUCUCAAGUUCAAAUUCGAGAAUUGGAGAGGAAGAAGUUGAAGGGCCAAAUGUCUUUUGUAGCAGGUUUAGUGAUCGGUUUGGUCGUCGGCUUAGCGCUGAUAGUUGUUUUUGUUCGCUCUGAAAAUGCCCGAUCCAAGCAGCGGUCGGACCUUGCUACUACAAUUGCGGCGCUUGCUAGGAUGACUGUGGAGGAUUCGAGGAAGUUGCUGACGCCGGAGUAUUACCCUUCUUGGGUUGUGUUUUCCCAGCGCCAAAAGUUGACUUGGCUGAAUCUUCACCUGGAAAAGAUCUGGCCGUAUGUUGAUGAGGCUGCGUCGGAGCUGAUAAAGGCAAAUGUAGAGCCAAUCUUAGAGCAAUAUAGGCCAGUUAUACUGGCUUCUUUGGGUUUUUCCAAGUUCACGCUUGGAACUGUAGCCCCGCAGUUCACAGGUGUGUCGAUCAUUGAAGAUGGAAGUGAAGGAAUCACCAUGGAGUUGGAGAUGCAAUGGGACGGGAACCCUAGUAUAAUACUUGAUAUUAAGACUUAUCUUGGUGUUUCUCUUCCAGUUCAGGUGAAAAAUAUUGGAUUCACUGGGGUCUUCAGGUUGAUUUUCAGACCACUAGUCGAUGAGUUUCCUUGCUUUGGAGCUGUUUGCUUUUCAUUACGUCAAAAGAAAAAGCUGGAUUUUACACUUAAAGUUAUUGGAGGAGACAUAUCAACAAUACCUGGCCUUUCUGAUGCCAUUGAGAGUACUAUAAGGGAUGCUGUUGAAGAUUCUAUUACAUGGCCAGUUCGGAAAGUUAUCCCUAUAUUGCCUGGAGAUUAUAGUGAUCUUGAACUGAAGCCUGUUGGAACUUUGGAGGUGAAGCUUGUGCAAGCAAAGGAGUUGACAAAUAAAGACAUUAUAGGCAAAUCUGAUCCUUUUGCUGUCUUAUAUGUGCGGCCUUUGCGUGAUAGAAUGAAGAAAAGUAGGACAAUUAACAACCAGUUGAAUCCAGUCUGGAAUGAACAUUUUGAGUUUGUCAUUGAAGAUGCUUCAACACAGCACUUGGUAGUAAAAAUCUAUGAUGAUGAAGGGCUUCAGUCAGCUGAACUAAUUGGAUGUACUCAAAUUCAGCUAGCUGAACUUCAGCCUGGCAAGGUGAAGGAUGUGUGGCUGAAAUUAGUAAAAGAUUUGGAGAUUCAGAGAGACAAUAAAAAUAGGGGGCAGGUGCACUUGGAGCUUCUUUAUUGCCCUAAUGGCAUGGAAAAUGCGUUUACCAAUCCGCUUGCCCAGAAGUACUCUAUGACUUCACUGGAGAAGGUCUUUAAAGAUGGAGCAGAGGGGAAUGGUCUAGCUGAAAAUGGUGAAGGCAACAAAAGGAGGGAUGUCAUUGUAAGAGGCGUGCUUUCUGUUACUGUCAUAUCUGCCGAUGACCUGCCACCAGCAGACCUGAUGGGGAAGGCUGACCCUUAUGUAGUGCUCACUAUGAAGAAAACUGAAAUGAAAAACAAAACCAGGGUUGUGAAUGACAGUUUGAAUCCUGUCUGGAAUCAGACUUUUGAUUUCGUUGUUGAGGAUGGACUACAUGAUAUGCUAAUUCUAGAACUUUGGGACCAUGACACAUUUGGGAAGGAUUUAAUGGGACGGUGCAUCUUAACGUUGACAAGGGUUUUAUUAGAAGGUGAAUACAAAGAUACAAUCCCUCUGGAUGGUGCUAAGUCAGGAACAAUUAACUUGCAUCUCAAAUGGGCUCCACAACCAAUUUACCGUGACUCCUAGUCGUUAUCCAACAGCAAAUGUCCAACUCUCCAUGGCAUAUGAAACACAUUUCCGUUAUAUACAGAGGGCAUACUCAAAUUCUUCAUCCCAGAGAGACAUUGAUCAAUAAUACUGUAAUGAUGUGAUUGUAGAAGUACUUUUCUGUAUGUAAUACUGGUGUAUAUAUCUAUUGGAGCUGUAGAUUGAGCAAUGCUGUAAAAGCUGCGGAAAUUUGAUGUGGGGAAGAAAUGUAGUGAGUCAAUCUUGAAAGACCUGCUGGGCUUUGUUGUGUGGGUGAGAGGUUUAGGACAUGGUGUACAAUAGUCAAAUUUGUUUUAUGAUUUGUUAAUUGCACCAAAAAAUGAAAAUUAGACAUUCAGUUUGUUACACCUAUA